AUAAACGUACGUUAUGGACUUCUUAACAAUUAUUCACGUUCCGGACCUCACGAAGAUAUGAUCCUUAAAGAAGAUCAGUAUUUUAGCGUAAAUAGAAUUCUACUGCUCAUUAUCGGCUUAUGGCCCUACCAACAAUCCAACUUUGCCAGAUUUCAACACAUUUUCAUCUCUAUUAUAUUCACAACGUAUAUUAUAUUUCAGUUGACAGCAUUUUUAACAUUAAGAUGUACUUUUGAAGUCUUAAUGAAUGUUUUGUCUUGCAUGAUUUACAUGACUAUUCCUAUAAUAGAAUAUAACACGUUCUGUUUUAACAUCGAAGGUGUGAAAGAUUUAUUGAUACAGCUUCAGCACAUCCAUAACAAACUAACAAAUAAAAAUGAAAUCGCUAUCAUGAAAAAAUAUGUGUGCACUGCGAAACAUUAUACGGUUGGACUUACAACACUUGGAGUUUACUGCCUAUUUGCUAGCGUUGUAGUACAAUUUUCAUUAAAUAUGACUAAUGUUGAUCUAUCGACGAAUAAAUCUCGACCAUAUCAAUUUCUAUUUACAAUGGAGUAUUUCAUCGAUCGAGAAAAGUAUUUUUAUUUGAUUCUGCUCCACAUGAACGCAGCUAUUUACGUUGCAGCGAUUGUAGCAACAGCAAUUGGUACAAUGGGAAUUGCAUAUAUUUAUCAUAUCUGUGGAAUGUUUAGAAUCGCUAGUUAUCGUAUCGAGAAUGCAAUAAAUAUCGACAUUCUACAAACUACGCUGAAAAAUAAGAUUUUGAUGAUUGAAGGCAUAAUUUGUGCCGUCGACAUUCACCGGCAAGCUAUGAAAUUAAACAGGCACUUUAUAUCAACAUUAGAGAUAAUGCUGUUUUACAUAUUAGCAUGUGGUGUGUUUUCUUUGAGCUUAAACUUGUUUCAAGUAGCAUCAUCUGAAUAUAAUAUCUUACUGUUCCUGCCAUAUGGAUUUGCGUUACUGGCGACCUUACAUAUGUUUUUAGCUAAUCUAAUGGGACAGAUUAUAAUUGACCACAAUAAUCACGUAUUCACUACUGCGUACAAUGUCCAGUGGUAUAAAACUCCUUUACAUAUACAGAGAAUGAUAUUAUUCUUGUUGCAAAGAAGAACUAAGGAAUUUAAAAUAAGAAUCGGUAAACUGUUUGUGGCAUCAAUGGAGUGUUUCGCUACGCUAGUAAAGGCGUCAAUAUCUUAUUUCACUGUCAUACAUUCUACACGGUUAUGAAACAUAUACAAAUUUAGUAACACGAUAGUGAGAACAUAGUUAAAUAGACGAAUGUAUUUA